CUGCCGGCCAGACGCCAUCUUGCUGGUUUGCAGCCGGCCUUGGAUGUGGCGGCAGCUGUGGUGAAGGCGUGGGGAAGGGUGGGGUGAGGGGGCGAGGCCGCGGCGCGGGCGGCUAAACUCUCCUCCCCUCCGCCCCACCGCGUGGGACGGCGUGAACGCGGUGUUGGAGGGAUGUCAGCCUUCUCUGAGGCGGCGCUGGAGAAGAAGCUGUCGGAGUUGAGCAACUCGCAGCAGAGCGUGCAGACCUUGUCCCUGUGGCUCAUCCACCACCGCAAACACUCGCGGCCCAUCGUCACCGUGUGGGAGCGGGAGCUGCGUAAAGCCAAACCAAACAGGAAGCUUACUUUUCUCUACUUAGCCAAUGAUGUCAUUCAGAACAGCAAAAGGAAGGGGCCGGAGUUUACAAAAGAUUUUGCACCAGUUAUAGUGGAGGCUUUUAAACAUGUUUCAAGUGAAACUGAUGAAAGUUGUAAGAAGCACCUUGGAAGGGUAUUAUCUAUUUGGGAAGAAAGGUCUGUUUAUGAGAAUGAUGUAUUAGAACAACUUAAGCAAGCUCUGUAUGGUGAUAAGAAGCCUAGGAAGCGAACUUAUGAACAGAUAAAGGUGGAUGAAAAUGAAAACUGUUCCUCUCUGGGAUCUCCAAGUGAACCACCACAGACUCUAGAUCUUGUUAGAGCAUUACAAGAUCUAGAGAAUGCAGCUUCAGGUGAUGCAGCAGUUCAUCAGAGGAUAGCAUCUUUGCCUGUUGAAGUCCAAGAAGUAUCCCUACUAGAUAAGAUAACAGAUAAAGAAUCUGGAGAAAGGCUUUCUAAAAUGGUAGAGGAUGCUUGUAUGUUGCUGGCAGAUUACAAUGGCAGAUUGGCGGCUGAAAUAGAUGAUAGGAAGCAACUCACUCGAAUGUUAGCAGAUUUUCUUCGUUGUCAAAAGGAAGCCCUUGCAGAGAAAGAGCAUAAAUUGGAAGUAUUGGACAUGGGCGUAUCUUCUAACGAUGUCAUCAUCAUUAGCAUAUUCUUCCUGCUAAAAAUAAAUAUCAAACUCCAAAGCCUCUAUUGUCUCAUGUUUUUGAAAAUUGAAGACUGAAACUGUUAUUCUACUGUAUGAUACUUUUUCACUUAAGUUGGUUAUUUAUCACUGGUUACAAAAAUAGAAUUUAUGUUCGAAAUGUAAGGAAGUGUAGAAAUAGAUCAGAUGCCACCCUCCAGUUCCCUCUUUUCCCGGUUCCUUUCAGCUAGAUUGCAAAAUUGGUGGUUAUAGGUGAUGAGGCUGAUGAUAAUAGCAGUAACAUUUACCAUUUGUCAGGUACUAUUGUAAGCACUUUACAUCUGUCAACUCAUUUAAUCCUAUAUAGCAGGAAGAAUGAUCCCCAUUUUAUAGGUAAAGAAAACCGAGGCACAGGGAAGUUAAAUAACUUGUCCAAGGUCACGAAGAGGUAGUGAGUUGUUAAGAACCGAGGAACUCUGCCUCCAAAGGGCACGUUUGCUUCCAGGUUUUGCUUAAAGAAAUGUAAAAUCACAGCAAAAGCUAAAAACUCUAUCUCUUCAACUCUUUCUGCCUCCUCCCUCCUCAGAGGUAAUCACUGUCUUAAAGUGUCUAGGAACUUUUUUGUUUUUCAGCAUGACCAGGUAUUAUCAUACUAAAAGAGACCACCUAAAUUAUGCUGAACAUGUUUUUACAAGUAAUAAAAAUGUAGAUUUCCAAUAAAUUAGGAAGUCAUUCCACAGAACUCUUUGUAAGUUAUCAUUUAUAACUAGGUGAUAAUUCUUUGUCAGAGAUUAUGGAAAUGAUUUGAGAUAUUUAGACAUUUUUGUAUCAAGUAGGUGGCAUCACUUUGAAGUUGAGACUGAGAGGUCAGGAUUUAUACUUACCAUAUAUAUAAGCUGCGAUACCAUCAAAUAGUUUUCAGUUAUCUGCAUCUUUGAACAUCAACUGUCAUUGACCAGAUAUUCAUGAGUUGUUGUUUUUUGUUUUUCUUUAAAUCAAACACAAAUUUAAAGUAUUCAUUCAGGGAUUGUCUGUUUCAUAUUUUUUAAGGAGGUGGUUAUUUAAAGCAUUUGUAAUGAAUGAAAACAUGAAGUGUUUUUUAAAAUUUUGGAAAUUAUGAAUCAUUUUUGGAACUUGUGACUAACUUUAGUUAUUAAGCAGAUAACUUAAAAUAGACUAUUAAUCUAAUUUAUAUUUACAAAAUGCAUGUCACAGAUUGCUAUAGAAAUUAUAUUUCACCAUUCAGGAGUCGAAAUUAUUGAAUAAACUCUUGUUCACCUAGUGUAUUAUUUUGGAAGGCAUUCAUGGAUAGGGGACUUAAAGUGGCAUUUUGAUUUUGAUACUGUUGGGGUGGGGAAAGUACGGAGAUCAGCAGUUCUUUCACAUUUAAGAUAAUGUCUUUGAUGCUCAAUACAACUGAUAUAAGGAAAUAUGCUUUUAUAAAAUCCCUGUUUACGUCAUAGUACCUGGAUGUGUUUUAAAUUGCUAGAAUUCCAUAGAAAAUUGGAAAUAACAAUUUGAUGGCUCUUAAGUCAAGUUAUAGUUCCAAGUUCUAGAAGUCGUAUGGGAAAACUGUUAGAGAGGACUGUGUUUAUCUUUUGCAGUCUUACAUCAGUAUAUUCAGAUUUAACUCAUUUUUGAAAUUGAGGGUGUAGUAUUCAUUGUAUGGGUGUUAUUCGUUGAGUUUAUUUAAGUCUGUCCCUCUUCUCGUGGUGUCAGAUUUCAGCUACUGAGUUGUUUUUAUUAGUUUUGUGCAUUAUAAGUCGUGCUGCAGAGAGCAUCCUGGUGAUGCAGGCAUCCAAGUAUAUGUGCAGGAUUGAUUCUCAGAAGCAGAAUAGAAUAUCUGGGUCCAAGGGAAUGUAUGUUUAUGUGUUAACAGGAUACUCAAGUUCACCAAAAGGUUCUGCCUUUUUAUUUUUUUAAAUUUUUUAUUUUUUGCUGCAUUUAUGUAUUUAUUUAUUUAUUUAUUUAUUUAUUUAUUUAUUAGUAUAGUUGAUGCACAGAGUUGUAUUCAUUUCAGGUAUAAAUGUUCUGCCUUCUUAAACUCCAUGCAGUAUGAGUGCAUCUUUUCCUGUACAACCUUGUCCACACUGAAUAUCAGUGAUUUCUAAAAAACUUUUGCAUAUCUGAUAGUUUAAAAAUUAUUUUUUUGUUCACUCAGAUUGGUCGUCUUUUAAAAAUAUUUAUUCACUAUUUUUGUUGCAAAUUCCAUAUAUCCUUUGACUACUUUUCUGUUUGGUUCUAAGUUUACGUAUUAAUGUUUGUCUUUUCUUUUAUAGAUUCUGGGCUUUCUGGAUAUAGUUAAGAUGGUCUUCUCAAUUCAUAACUUUAAAAAUAGUGUGCUGUUUUCUGGGUUUUUUUCCCCUAGUAAUUUUAUCCAUUAGGAUUUUUUAAUUUAUGGUGUGACAUAGGGAUCUAACUGAAAGUGAUAGUAAAUGUCCCUUGUCAUGUAUUAAAUAAUGAUUAAUGACUUAAUAACUCAGUUUAUAUUUUAUUAUGUUGUGGAACGCCAUUUCUGUUCUACUUAAUUCCUAUAUGUGUAUACAUGGGAACGUAGUCCCUUUUUUAUUCUAGUGGCCCAUUUGUCUCACCUUCCUUUAAUUAUGCAGAUUUUUGUUCGUAUUAUUUUUGGUAUUGUUCGUGUCUACAAUUUUAACUAAAAAUGAUUGUUGUGUAUAUGAAUUUUUACUUUCCACUUAUUUUAUACAUAUUUGCUUUCAUACUUAAUAUUUCAAAUGACAUUUUCCUAAGUAGUUACUUCUUACUUUACUUGGCCUUCUCCCUGUUUCUGAACACAUUGUUUACUUUUGCUGUCCAUCCCCUCUAUCUGCUAGACAGUAUUUUCCAGGAUUUUCAAGAGUAUUUAUUUUCAUAAAACUUUGUUUUCCAGAAACUUCAAUUUUCCUUUUUUAAUGCUUAAAUUUUGUUUUGCCUGAGACAUUUAAUGAUUAGAAAUUCCUAAUAUCUGUUCUCUCACUAUAAGAAAUGAGAAUGUCUUAAAUAGAUAGCACUCAAAGUGCAGAUUUAAAAAUCUUGCUGAAGGUGUUACCUGCAUAUAGCUUUUUGAUGGUUAUUUAUCAAAUUUCACAUUUUAUUAAGGGUCUAGUGGUAAGGAUAUGGAGAACUGCUUAUUGAAUCUUUCAUCUUAUGGAAUCUAUUACAUUUUAAUCUUUUUUUCAUUCAAAUCAUUGAUUUAAAUUUAGAAGUAAUUUGAUAAGAUGGAGCUAUACGGAUUUUUUUUUAAAGCAGACAUUACUAAUUUCUUAAUGGUUUCUUAUUUUUUGAGAUCUAAAUAUCAUUAAGUGUAAAAUUUUUAUGGUUAAUUUAUUUUUCAAGAAUCAUAAUCUUAAUAUUUUUUAUUGGUUAUGCAGUUAAUCUAUUUUUAUCAUAGUUUUCCUAUGAUAAUUCCCUGAGCAAAAGGCUUAGCCCUGUGUUUUGGCUUCAUGUAUUUUGCAUACUGUCCUUUUCGUGUAAUAUGUGUACAACUUAGGCCACUGUUUUCCUUUUUCAUGAAUGACUGUAUCAUAAUUUAACAGCUCUGUGUUCUUUGACUAAGUGUUUCAGCUGCUUUGAUAUUGUUAUAAACUUAUUGCAGUGAACAUCUCUUCUAAUACACUCUUGACUCAUGUAUGCCUUCUUUUGUGAUAAAUUCCUAAGAUGAAAUUGCUGAUUCAUGUUAAGGACUUGAUACAUGUUAUCAAUCUAAUUUUCAGUAAGAUUGUACUAGAUCAUUGUCCUCGAUAAUUCCCAAAUAUUAUCUAUAGGUCUUCUGGGCCAUUCAUUUUUUCUAAAAAAAAAAAAAAAAGCGCAUCACAUUUGCUGGGUAGAUAACAUAGGGCAUCUGUUUUCAGAACAGGGCCAGCCUUUUGUCUGUGAGUUGGAUCUUCAGAUGCAGAUCUUUGGCUUGGUUUCUCCUGUCUUUUGGCUCUAUGGGAUAAGAGUUUUAACAGAUUGACGUGGAGAUUCUCAGUUGAUCCUUAUUGUCAGCCUUAAGACUCACUAUUACAUUUCAAGGAGCUUGGUGUACCUCAAAGUCCUGACCCUCUCCAAAGUUCCUCAGGAUGAAUUAUAUCACUUUUGGUCAUUAUUCCUUGUUCCAGUUUUUUCCGUCUUCUAAAAGUGUCUUGACAUCUGUGUACGAUCAUUCCCUCUUCUCCAUUCUUUUGGGUUUCCACCUUAGUACAUUGUUUUACUAUUUUAGUGGCUUUUUGAGAGGGAGUAGAGAUAAAUAUGAGUUCAGUUUAUUAUAAAAAUGGAAGACCAUUGUGUCUUGUAAAAUAGAACUAUAUAGUAUAUGUGUUUCGUAACUUCUGCCCGACUACCCUUGUCUAAGUGGUUGUCAUUCAUUGCCUAGAUUGUUAACAACUCAUCUUCCUGUUCUUUCUCUUAAUGCCCUUUGCAACUGCAGCGUGGUUUACUUUUAAGAAAUCAGGGCUCAUCAUACCCUUGUUUAAAACUCUCCAAUGCUUCCCAUUACACUUUUAGAGCUUAUUUAAAACUCCAUGAUAUCACUAGUCACGAGUGUCCAUUUAACAUCAUCUUGAACCAUCUCAACAGCAUCCGUUUUACUACUGUUAAAGCAGGUGAAGCAUUUUCUUACAUCAGGGUUUUGCUUUGCUAAUCACUUAACAGAAUAGCUGGAAUGCUGUCUCCAUCAGAUCUUUACUUAGCUGGGCCUUUUUUCAUUUAGAUUUAUGUUCCUGUGUCACCUGUUCAGCAUCCUUCACUGCCCUUUCAUUUGGUUCCACCUACCCCCUCUCCUGCCCUCUUCCCACCUACAAUAUUAAACUGCCGUGGUUUUUUGUUUGUUUUUGGCUUUUUAUUUAUUUUUCCUUCAUAGUACGUAUCACUCUUUGAAAAUUUAAAACUUGUAUAUGGGGGCGCCUGGGUGGCACAGUGGUUG